CAAAGAAGAUCACAACCGUAAUGUAUCAUGGGUAAAUUGUGACUGACUGAUAUACAAAUAGUAAUGAGUAGUUAUUUCUGAUGGAAGGUGAUUUGUAGAUCAGUUAUUCGGCUGCACUGUCGAGCAAGCCCAUAUCUCCGGUUGAUGAGAUCUAGGCGUGCCGCAUUUACUCGUCUAGUCACGAUUGAGGAACCGUCGACAUAAAUUAUCUGUCUUCCGUUUCACGGACGCUGUUGAAGGUGUUUAACUAUGUCUCCAAGAGAUAUAGAACAACAGACAUUUGAUAUUAUUAGGUGCUUCUUUGAAGAGGAGCAGAACCCAGUAUGUAAUCGGAAGGUGUACGGAGGAAUUGAGUCUGAUGGACCUGGCGAUGAUGACGGGUUUGACCCAGUUGUAAUAGCUGAUAAACUGAGGGAACUUGGAGAUGAUUUUGAAGUUAAGUUUAUCCAGCCUCAUAUCAGAAAACUCCAACAAGCAGUUGCAGACAAGGCGGUGGAGGAGUUUGCGCGUACCGUGGACAGCCUGUGUGCGGCCCAGAGAACAGAGGUGGCCCCUGAGAUGCAGCUGCUGAGGGCCUCCAUGGCCCUGGGUCUGUACGUUAAGAAGACCUGUCCUGACCUUAGAGCCACCAUCCAGUCUUGUAUGACUGCCUUCAUUAACACCCGGCUGGCUGGCUGGAUCACCCAGCAGGGAGGAUGGGAUCAAGUUACUAUGGUUUAAAAACAUGGAGAAGAUGUCAUCCACAUCAUUUUUGUCUUAAUGAGGAGGAGGUCUUAACUCCUCAAGUCUGUAUAUGUGUUAAGUCUUCCCUCUUUCUUUUUCUUUCUUCCCUCCUUUCUUCCCUCUUUCUUUCUUCCCUCUUUCUUUCUUCCCUCUUUCUUUCUUUCUUUCUUUCUUUCUUUCUUUCUUUCUUCCCUCCUUUCUUUCCUCUUUCUUUCAUCUGUCUUAUGUUCCUAUCAUGGCCAUUUUGAACUUGCCAGUUGUAUUCCCUCUUCACUUCCCCUAAGUUGGUUCUUUGAGGAAGAGACUGCGUCCCACUAUCAACAGAAUGUGACGUCUCCACUGACUUUUUGACCGUCCUCUCCUUGUUAUAAGCAAUGGGCACCUGCAUCUGAAGUAACGUUGCACAUUGGAAUCAUGACGUAUUGCAAUCCAUGGCAUUUUCUACAUCACAUUGUCAAAACAAGCAAUAUAUUUUUGUAGAAAAACAAUCCGAUGCAAUGUUUUGUGCUUUUGAAGCCCUUUCCUAAACAAUAGAGGCAGGUUACCAGAUGAUCACAACAAGCUUUCAUUUUUACGCCGAUGGACCGUCUUUCAUUUAAUGUGAGAAUGAACUUUGACCUAAUAACAUGACUCACAAUAAAAGUCCAUGUAAUCGCCGAAGCUGUGAUGUUGAAUACUUGAAAAUGAACCGUCACUGAGUCGUGCAUCGCUUGAUGGAACCUGAAAUGCUUUACGUUUUGUUUGACCAUGUUUUCUAAUAUGCUCUUAUCCUCAAUCACUCCGUGCUUGUUAAACAUGCUUAUUGUUAGCUCUACUCAACAAAUCAAUGUGCGACUUUGUUAAAUGUGUGUGUUGCUGGUGUUAGCUCAUCUUGAUUUGAGUAAAAGGAAAAAGUCUUUAAUAUGAUAUGCGUUAAGAAAACGAAUUAGUGUUAACCAACUGUGAGUUAAGAGUUAUUUAUAGUUUUGUAGACUUCCUCAGAGCUUGUAGAGGGAAACUACAGUAGGAAAGUGCCUCUGGUCAAAGUCAGUAUUGUUUCAAUGUCAGCUCUGACUCAUACCAUUUACAGUCACUUCACCUUUAUUAAAGAUGCACAGAACCAUCAUGUGGAAAUGGACCAAAGGGAAUUACAAAGUAGAUAAGGUUUUAUUGUAAUUUUUUUUUCAAUUGUACAUUUGUGCCUAUUUGUGUGUAAUUCUGUCUGGUUUUAAUAAAACAUGGAGCUUUGUUGUGAAGUCUCACGGCCUUGCCUCUGUUCUGGUGUGAUAAUGAA